AUGCAGCACCAGAUCCUGUUGGGAGGCCGCUCGCGCGCCGCUGUUGGCGGCUCGCCUGUGCCCGCCUACGUGCCGGGUUGUUGUCAGCAGAGGCCCUGCAAUGGUGCUGGACACAGGCGAAAUGUGGCGGUUCGCUGCAAGGCCGAUGACUCAGAUGAACAGGUUGGCAACACUGUGCUGAAAAAGCUGGCAAAAGCCUCUCGCGUGUCCCUUGGCCCAAUAAGCCUCAGCUUUGGCGACGAUUUCAACCAAGCCACACAAGAGGCCCCACAAACUAACGAUGGAAACAAGGAGCCUGCUGCAGAAGAGGUCGACACCUCGCCGGACGAGGGGCUGCUGAAGAGGGCUGCUGAUACUGCUGGUGUGUCACUCGGACCCAUCAGCCUCUCCUAUGGGGACGACUUCUCGGAGGACAGACGUUCAGGCACUGGUCAUGAAGAUGGCGAGGCCAGUGCUGCUCAGACCUUUCCAAGCAUCAAUGACAUGACGACUGAGGAGUGGCGCAAGAAGUACGAGCCUGAUGGCGUUGUGGACUUGUGGGUGGAGGAGGAGUUUAAUGCUGGCUCAAGGCUCGUGGGUGGGAGGGACGUGCACAAGGGCGGCGUGUAUGGCUUCCAGACUGGGGAAGGGCCUUCGGCCAGGACCGUGCCAGUGCACAAGGUGACGAUAAACAACCACUACGCUGACCAGGUGUUGGAGGUGGACGUUCCAGAAGACAGGUACGUGCUGUGGGAGGCAGAAGACCAGGGCCUGGAGCUGCCCUACGCCUGCAGGAUGGGCUGUUGCACCGCCUGUGCCGUGCGGGUGCUGGAGGGGGAGAUGUACCAGCCCCAGGCACUGGGGGUUUCGGAGGAGCUGAAGCAGAGAGGCUACGCCCUCAUGUGCGUGGGGUACCCGCGAACGAACCUGAAGCUUGAGACAGUGGAGGAGGACGAGGUGUAUGACCUCCAAUUUGGGAACAUAUUUGAGGAGCGCGCCACGCACAAGGGGAUGGCGUCCAUUGACAGGGACGAUUUUGCGCUGGAGUUGGCUGAUAUGGACGAGUGA